UGAUUAUUUUAUUCCAUGAGGUUUUGAUUAUUUCAUUCCACAAUUCUACACUUUCUUGAUUUUGUCAUUAUUUUAAGAUCCUAUGAUUGGUUUUUUCUAUGAUUUAUGCUUAUUUGAUUCUACAAUUCUUUGAUUUUGUCAUUCUUUGAUUCUACGACUCUGUGAUUCUUUGAUUCUACUGUUUUUUUACGCUGUCAUUCUACGAUUCUUUGGUUCUUUGAUUCCAUUAUUCUUCUAUUCUACGAUUUUUUUAGUCUCUGCUUCUAUGUUUUCUUUGAUUCUACAAUUCUUUGAUUCCGUGAUACUUUUAUUAUACGAUUUUUGAUUAUUUGACUCUGUGAUCAUUCAAUUCUGUGAUUAUUUGAUUCUAUGAUAUUUUAUUCUAUGAAUUUUUGAUCGUUUGAUUUCUACCACUCUUUGAUUUCCUGAUUAUUUGAUUCUACGAUCCUAUGAUUCUUUUAUUAUACGAUUUGUUGAGUCUUUGCCUCUAUAAUUCCUUCCACUCUUUCAUUCUCAUUCCCAAUUCCCCUUCUCCGCCGCAGGGGACGCGCGCGCGGCGGAAUUUGACCCUCGGCGGCUGCCGUCGCGUUCCCGGAAGCGGCUCCGCGGCCUCUGCGAGGUUUGACCCCCGGCGGCUGCCGUCGCGUUCCCGGAAGUGGCGCCGCGGCCAUGGAGGCGUGGGUGCGCUUCAGCGCGCAGAGCCAGGCCAAGGAGCGGCUCUUCAGGGCGGCGCAGUACGCGUGUGCGGUGGCGGCCGAGGCGCUGCGGAGGAACGGCGGGGGCGGCGGGGCCGUGCGCGGGCUGCGGCAGCUGGAGGCGCACCUGGGGCUGGGCCGCAAGCUGCUGCGCCUGGGCAGCUCGGCUGAGGCGCUGGAGGCGGCGAAGCGCUCCAUCCACCUGUCGGACACGGUGCUGCGGUUCUGCGUCACCCUCAGCCACCUCAACAGGGCCAUGUACUACGCUUGCGACAACGUCCUCUGGACGGGGAAGACGGGGCUGUUCCCCAACCUCGACCAGGAGAAAUGGAGCCACAGGUCCUUCAGAUAUUACCUCUUUGCCCUCAUCGUGAACUUGAGCCGGGACGCCUACGAGAUCCGGAUCCUGAUGGAGCGCGAGGCCGCUGGAAAGCGAGCAAAGGGCAGCGAGAACGGGUGCCAACUCCGGGCUGACAACGGGCUCCAACAGCUGGGGCUGAGGCUGCAGAUCCAGCUGCGAAUCCUGAUCCGCGUCCUUCGGAAUAACCCUCCUCUGCUUCUGGAUGUGGUGAAAAACGCCUGCGACCUUUUUAUCCCCCUGGACAAGCUGGGACUGUACAAAACCAACCCGGGCUUCGUGGGGCUGUGUGGCCUCACCUCCUCCAUCCUCUCCAUCCUCACCAUUCUUCAUCCCUGGCUCAAACUGAAGCCGUAGUUGCCCUCGGUGCCCACCUCCGGGCUCAAAGCCAGACGUUUGGGGACAUUCCCGAGGCUGGGACACGGCUAAAGCUGACUCUGGCAGUCCCGCCGCGUGCGGCUCCGUGUUCACAUCAUGCCUGGCUGCUUUAGUAAAUGGGAGACGGGAAGAAAGCAGAGGGAAUUCGCAGCGUUGAAGCCCACGGGGACCUAUUCCAGCGGCCUCAGCUCCGCACGCGGGGACUGAUGCUCAGUGGACCUAAAUUUGGGGGUUUUCCCCAUCAGCUGUAGCACCUAUCCGGUGUUUUAGGGGUUUUAACGUUUCUCCUCCCUCUUUAGGGAGAUCGCAUCCCAAAUCCAGCCAGGAGGGAAAUGUUUGGAGUCAGAUGAGGCCUUUCCCAGACCAGAGGGGUGUAAACCGCGGGUUGGGGUGAGCCCAGCGCUGUCCGGAGCAUCCAACACCCGUUUUGAUGCUUUUAUCUUCCUUUUAAGAAAUCUGAGUGCAGGCAGAGGGUGAGUUGGAAGGAAUUUGGCCGCGGAGGAGCCGUUCCCAGCCGGGCAUUCCGCGGCAAUCCCGGGUAAGUCCAGAGAGGCUUGGCCAGUCGCGGGCUUGAGGUGAGAUCGGCGCAGGGUGCUUCCCCGUAGGAGAAUCUUGGCUUGCCUGCCCCUUUCCCGCUAUUCCAGUCGGGAAGAAGCGACUCCAGCGAGUCUGGCCAAGCCUUGGCGUCACCCCCAGCCCUUCCCACCUGGAUUUCUCUGCAUCCAAGAACGGAAAGGGACGGUGUGAUCUUUUCCUGCCCCUGGGAAGAAGCUGAGACCUGCGCAUCCACACUGAGCUUCUCCGAUGUCCCUCGUAGUGCCCGAGAUGAGGAGGGGACACCUCGGAGCCGUCGUUCUCCACCUUAGUUGUUCCUUCUCGCUUUUCCCUCUGAGCGGGUGCCGCUGCCUCACUAAAUUUUCCCGUUUUCCGUGGGUUUUGUGCCCCGGAUGCUGCUGCUUACGCCGGGCAAGGCGCUUAUCCCAGCUCUCGAGGGUGUUUUCUCCCAGCUGCUCGGAGCUGGUGACCUUCUGCAUCCAGAGGUGGAGCGCUCCUUUCUCCAUCCCCGAGAGGGAGCGAUUCCGCCUGCUUUUAAAUCCUGCUGCUGUUUUUAUUCAGCUCCAGCAGCUCCGUGCUGAAGCCUUUCAGGCUUCCGACUACGUCUGCGUGGUGCCCAGGCUGGAAAACCACGGUUCCGUUGCUCAAGCAGAUUCCUUAGCCCGAAUCCAACUCCAGGACACUUUCCAUUCGGCAUCUCCCAGCUUUUUGUGGCCAUUGAGGUGAUGCAGGAGGGGAAAAAAAGGCUGAAUCGCUGGGAAAAGUGAGACACGUGAAGCCCAAAUCACUCAGACCUUUAGGAAGAGGGAGUUUAAUUCCGCUGGAUAACGAAGGCGGUGGCAGCGGGUCGGAAUGUGGGGUCUUUCUACCUUAAGCCCCCUCUGAGCAGGGAAGGGCCGAAGUGAGGUAUCAGCCCCCACACGGCAGAAAGUGCCCCGUGAUUCCCUCGUGAUUCCCUCUGGCUCCCGGGAAAGGCUUUGAGCCAAACCCCGUUUGGACUUGGAUCUCUUGGAGACGGUAAAUCAGUGACGAGAACGGCCUCCACGCGUGGGAACGCCGGGGUUUAAGGUGGUGGAGUGAGGUUUUAACCCAGCGGAGGCUGCGCGGCGUUUCCUUCUCCUCACCUGUGUGUAAAUACCGUGGUGUAAAUCGGCACCGGUGGCGGUUUGCAGAGGUGGUUAUUAAAGCUCAGCUGCUGA